ACAUAACCCACAUUUUAAGUUUGGAGCACUCUGGAGGUCAAUUCGCUGCUGUAAGACCUUCAGGCCUCUCAAUAACAAUGUCAAAGCCUCAGCCAUCGUCAGUGCGGGAUCAGACCGCCUCGUGGACUCUGAUGCCCGCAGAAGUCCUUGCAGAAGGGCACAGCGAUCAUUCCCACUACGCCAACUACAAACCCAAGUGCCCAGAGGCUGCAGACUUUCCGCGUCCCCUCUUCAGCACACACACCAGCCUCUGACAGUCCCACGCCAGCGUGGGCCCGGAAAAGGAAGAGGAAGAGGAUGGAGGCCCAGUUUGUGUGAGAUGCUGCCAAGUGCUGCUGUCUAUUACUUCCCAUGGGAGAUCAACAGCUCAGUCCCAGAGGGGGAGGCGCUGAGGACAUUUGGCAGGUUACACUGCUACGACCUGGCCCGGUCCGAAGCCAUUCUCACUGCUCAGCAUAGCUCAGCUCACUACCACGUCUGUGUCGACACCAGGUUUGUGGAGCCAUUCCAAGCCCAGCCAGGAUCUUGCUACAUGGUCCUAGGAGAGACUGAACACAGGGAAGGUGAGAGUCCUGUGGUAAAGGCACGGAUAUUGACCUGCGUGGAAGGGAUGAAUGUACCCUUGCUGGAACAAGCCAUACAGGAGCAGAGGAAAUACUUCAACGAGAGACAGGAGCAGACGGAAAACAGGACAUCCUGACAGCAGCUCUGAGACCAGCCAUACACUGGUCCUUGCGCUGCCAUUUGCAACAAAUGUGUUAAAAGUAAAUUUGGAAGGUGGGUUUGCAAUGUACUGCUUUUUGUUGUGGCAAAUAGCAAAGUCAAGUCACCAAGCAGGGAAACACUUGAAGACUGUGAGUCAGCAUGUGACUGUGGGUUGUCUGUUCAUGCCAGGGGUCAUUACUGAAAAUAAGCUUUGGGAAGUAGGUUUCAUGUUUGUUUAAAAGGGUGCUUAAGGAAAAGGGGGCACUUGAGUUAUGGUCCUUUUGCAGUGCAAGGCUUGGACAUGUCAGAAGAAGUCUCUGAAUCUCAAGUUAAACAGCUCACACCCCACAUGCACUGCCAAAGCACAGUGGGUUACCAGGCUGUUGGCAGGUCGGAGGUAAAGGGCAUUAGUGCAAAGUUCGUUGGUCCUGCGUGGCUGUGGGUGCAUGAGUGCAUGUGUUUGGUCACCAUGACUCAGCUGCCACACAGGAAUGUUCCUGGCAAAACAAAUACCUGAACUGACCAACAAAGAAACAACAAUAAUGAGGAGUCACUAUUUUCAGUAGCAACUGCCUCUUCGGGUUUCCAGGAACUGGUGUCUUAAGGGAGGGGAUUGACGUUAGGUCUAAAAUAAAUAUUUGCAGUGCCCUGAGAACCACCACUUUACUUUCUUCCUUGACACAACUAAGUUUAGGAGACCUCAAAUAGCUAUUUUUAAAAGCAUCUAAAGGUUUUGAUUGCUAUUUUCCUAAAUAAAGAUUAAAAGAGAA